AUGAAUAAACAAGAUCUGCACAGAAGAAUAAGAUCGGAAUCUGGUUCAACUAAAUGCAAUGGCUCAUCUUCAUCCGGAAGCAUCUAUACCCAAGAAUGGAAAGAGAUGGUAAAACAGAUUAAGUCCCCAGCAGACUGGGAUGUGUACCUGAAAACCAGACCAGAGCUGGUGGAAAUAGGUAUAAGAGAAGGUAUUCCAGACUGUGUUCGUUCCCAUGCAUGGCAACUCACAUCUAAGGGUUACCACCUUCUCCAUUCCCACCAAGGACUGUAUCAUCAACUUCUAACUCAAUCCAACUCUUUGUCAAAUCAACCCUUGUGUAGACUUGAAAACAUGGGCAUUGUUAAAGACAUCCAUAAAACUCUAGAGUCACAGCACUUCUCUAACCAGGUCACCAGUUCAGGGUCUCUGUACAAUGUCUUAAGGGCCUAUGCAAACUAUGAUUCAGAAGUUGGGUACACAGAAGGAAUGAGUUUUAUAGCAGCAUUACUUCUUGUCUACCUGAAUGAAGAAGAAGCAUUCUGGGUCAUGGCUGCAUUGCUAAAACAGGAAGGGAACAGGGGACUCAGGGGAAUAUAUACAUAUCACAUAUAUGAUUUGUGUGUUUUUCAGUUUGAAAGUUUACUAAAGGAUCACCUCCCAAAGCUGGCUUCUCACUUUGAGAAAGAAAAAAUCAAAGCUAGAAUUUAUUUUCCUUGGUGGUGUAUGACAAUGUUUGCUGCUAGAUUUCCCCUGAACUUUGUUAAGAGGAUUUGGGACAUUCUUUUCUCUGAGGGUUUAUGGCUUCUAUUUAGGGUUGGGUUGGCACUGCUUAAGUACUGUGAAGAGUAUUUGCUUAGACUGGGUUGUGAGAGGCUCAAGAACACUUUGACUCUGUGUCUCUUUCCUGAGGAUGCUCUGGAUCCUGAUUUGAUAUUGCCACUGGCCUAUUCUUUUAGGGUUGGGAACAACAGGAUGGAGGAGCUCAAGGUGGACUAUGAGAGGAUGAAGAAUCUCCCAUGCUUAAGACCUAUGGAGUGUGUCAGGAGGCAACCUUUUCAUAAGAAUACUGGAGUACAAGGGUUUGCUUAUGCUUCCUCUCAACAAAGCGUAUUGGAGCUGAAGAGCCGAGAAGAGUUUGAGAAUUGUGAUGUGAGCAAUCCAAUAAAGCUAUAUGAUGGAGGGCUUGAUGCAGUCCCACUCAUUGAAAUGGGUGAUAGAUAUUUUACCAGUGGAAAUGCAGAAGGCCGUCAACAUGGAAUGAAAGUGCACAUUAAUGUUUUAUCUGAUGGACUCGACAAUGGCCAAUCUGACAAUUUCGAUGUAGUUUCAGAUGGGCUUGACAAUGUGGCCAAAGAUUUGGGUUUAGAUUUAUUAUCAAAUGGAAUGAAGCAUUAUAUUGUUGCUUCUGCUAGUGAUGAUUCGAUGGAGGAGGGGGCAAUAAAGGAGGUAAUUUCUGAAGAGCCCACAUCAUCAUGA